UGUUUACAUAAAGUUGUCAUCAAAAGUUAUUCUCAUAUUAUGAAAUUAGAUUUAAUUUGGUUUUGCUUUAAUUGUUUAUUAUAAGUCUUUUUUUGUUCAUCAAAAUGUCUUCAAACAAAGAUAAUUUCUUAGAGACUUUUAUAAAAGUCUGUGACAAAGUGGCAAAUGUUUCGAGUUACAUCAGUAAAUCAAAUAUUUUGCAGGAUUUCUUUCAAAAGGGAUCCAGUGGGAAAGGUUUCAAAGGAGAUAUCAAUUUGUGGGUAAAUAUGCUCCUACCAAAAGCCAGCCAAAGGGUUUACAAUCUGCAAAACAAACAAAUCAUCAAACUCUUCUCGAGGAUAUUUCGUACAAAUACCGAGGAUAUGUUGAUUGAUUUGGAGCAAGGCGAUGUCUCUGAAACGAUACGCAAGUACUUUGAGUUAUCCAAAGGAAUUUCACCAAGCGCUAAGAGUACCCUUACCCUGCAACAAGUUGAUAAAACACUCAUAGAUUUGACAAUCUCGGGAAAGGAAGAUUAUCAAGUUGAUAUCUUCACUGAACUAUGCAAGCAAGCUACUGCAGAUGAUUUAAAAAUGGUAAUUCGCCUGAUUAAACAAGACUUAAAAAUAAAUGCGAAAGAGAGGCACGUACUGGACGCGUUUGGUCCGGAGGCUUAUCCCGCAUACCAAUCCUCGCGUGAUCUUGAUGCUGUUGUCAUUCAAUUUUCCUCAAAAACUCCCGCCAAAAGCCCACUAAAAGGCAAAAAGGCUGCAGCUGGUUCGGUAGGUGUCCAAAUAAUGACCCCGAUAAGUCCUAUGCUUGCAAGUGCCUGUAACUCGGUAGAUACAGCUUUCAAAAAGAACCCAGGUGGACUGUUCAGUGAAAUAAAAUACGACGGUGAAAGAGUUCAAAUUCAUAAACAAGGCAAUGAGUAUCUUUUCUUCUCGAGGAAUCUCAAACCUGUUAUGGAUCAUAAGGUUCGUCGAUUCAAAGAAAUAAUUCCAAAGGCUUUUCCAACUGCAUCGGAUAUAAUAAUUGAUUCAGAAAUAAUAAUGGUCGAUACUGAUACUGGAGAAAUGCUUCCCUUUGGAACGCUAGGUGUCCACAAGAAGCAACAACACAGAAACUCGGAAGUUUGUCUUUUUGUCUUCGAUUGCAUAUAUUUUAACGGAAAAGAUCUCCAAAAUGUAACCUUUCGUGAGAGAAGAAAAAUCCUUGAAGCUAAUAUUAUUCCGAUAAAAUCUUAUGUUCAAUUAUCCGAAAGUCAUUUUUUAUCAACGAAAAAGGAGCUGUCCUUAAUGACAGCGAAGGUCCUUAAAGCUGGCAUGGAAGGUAUUGUACUUAAAAGUGCCAAUGGACUUUAUCAACCGGGAAAAAGAGGAUGGCUUAAAGUAAAAAAGGAUUAUCUUUUUGAAGGUAAAAUGGCAGAUACGGCGGAUUUGGUAGUUCUCGGUGGUUGGUUUGGUUCUGGUAAGAAAGGUGGCAUGCUUAGUAUUUAUCUAAUGGGCUGUCUGGAUAAGAAAACCGAUGCCUGGAAAACAGUAACAAAAGUUCACUCAGGGCUGGAUGAUGCAACCAUGGAAGAGAUUCACGACAAACUUAUGCCCCAAAUGGAACGUAGUGAUGUGAAAAAGUUGCCUUCCUGGUUCAUUUGUAAUAAACCCCUGGUGCCGGAUUACAUUGCCAUAUCACCUUCAAAAAUGCCAGUUUGGGAAAUAACAGGAGCUGAAUUUACCAACUCAAAUGCCCACACUGCAAAUGGAAUUUCAAUACGAUUUCCACGCAUUACAAAGCUUCGAGACGAUAAGUCACCCAACGAGGCGACAAGUUUGCAAGAAUUGCAAAAUCUAUACACAGCAUCUAAGAACAACGUGAAUGUUGAUUUGCUUUUAAAGACCUGCGACGAUGAUACGGAAAUCGAUAUCAAAACAAGUAUGGCCGGAAGUCCCAACAAGAAAAUUAAAUUGGAAAAAGUCAAACUUGAAUCUCCCGAAUCAAAAGAAAAACUGAAAAUAAAAAUGGAGAACGCAGACGAUUAUGAUGAUGUUAAACCUGUGACUUCAAAGAAAGCACUUUGUGAAAUCAAAAAAACUCCAAUAAAAACAGAAAAACCAACGGUAAAGAGAGAAAAUUCAAAUGAGGAUGAAGAUUCAGUACUUCCUAAAAAGAAACAGCGAAAAGGUGGCAUAUUUUUUGGCUAUACGGCUUAUUUUCAAGUUAAAAGAGGUCCAACCUUGCAUGAGUAUUUGAAAAAAUUCGAAGAGAACACUGGGAGCGUGACGCUAAAUAAGAAAAAAGCCAAUAUUGUCCUCUAUGAGGAUGAUAAUUUUGUCGAAUCAAUUAGCCAAAGCAGAUUAAAUUAUAGUAAAGAUUGUCGACAUAUAAGUGUCAAGUGGAUGGAAGACUGUAUCAGUGAUAACUCAGUCAAACCAAUUCCUGAAUAUGCUGUUCAAGUAAAAGUUUAAAGUGACCUGUAAAAAUUGUAUAUAAAGUGUGGAUGUAAAUUG